AUGGAAGGAGCAAGCAUAACUGACGAUUGGCAAGGGUCCAAGCGGCGCCUUUUAUUUUGGCCUGACGUAAAUCCCCCGUUGGGAACCGAAGGCUUUGUAUUGGGGUGGUAUUGGAAGCAAGGAUCUGCUAGUAAUAACUGGCCUACCGCCGCCACCCUUGUAGUCGCCGGAAUUGUUGGGAGGAAGGAAGAUGACGGAAACGAGAUAUCACAAGCUCAUGAUAAUUUGCAAAAGAGGCUUGGUUCACUCCGAGAGACUCCCAAAGGCUUGGAUUCCAACAGCCAUGUCAAUGAGUUGAGAAUUGUGGGGUAUCUGCUUGCUUCAUCAGGAGGAGACUCAGAGAUGAGUAAUGCUACCAAGGAAUGGCUAAAACAAGACAAUCUACUCAUUUUUUAUUUACAGCAAGGCACCAAUUAUCCAACCAUCCAAUAUGAAGAACAAGGUUGCCAAAUUGUGUUAUAUGAUCCUCACAAAACCUACCAUGACAAUAUUUGCAGUCCGGAGUCGACAUUUGGAAAGAUAUUGGCACAAGUCUCGAUGGCACAACCGAUUCUGACAUGCUUGGCCAAAACAAAAGAAAUAUCCGAUGACAAUUCGAAAAUCACUGCUACAAGCGAUACUACUUCGGACGACAACAGUCUAGAUCGGCCUGAUGAAUCAGGGCAACGAAAGGAAGCCCCGACAGGCAUCAUCGGAUCUUCCCUACCGGUACUGCGGCACUCCAUGAUGUUCUCUCAUCUUUGGGGAGAUUCGCUUUGGCGAAGUAGUCCGUUGACCCGCCUUGUUUGGGAUAGCUACAACAACAUGCCACGCGAAAAACGCACCAAUCAGCGCUUGGCCGAUGCGAUGGAUCUCGUGGCAGGGAUCUUGUGCGGGGUCGUUUUGGUAGUCUGGGGACAAUCAUCAGUGUCGUCCAUGAUUUCAUCCUAUUUCGUGGAGCAACCCUAUUUGCCUGCAUGGCUGGAUUGGUUGGAGAGCUUUCCCAUUGGGUUCAAGCUCAAUGUGGCCGUGACGUUGGCCAUUGGACAGGAAAUACGCUCCUUGGUACUGCUUCGUCAAGCCAUUCUGUCAUUCUUGAUUGACAGCAUGGCCAAUGAUUAUACUAUUGGUGUCAGCAUUGGAUCCUACUACAACGACGUGGCGAUACUCGCCAUUUGCGCAGUGUUGGGAGGAACCGGUUGCCUCGCUCUGGCCAUGGAUAUGGUUGCCCUAUUGACAAUCCACCUCGCACUCCUGGCAGAAGGCUUUCGAUACGUGUACCGAACCGAGUUUUACCUCUUGGCAUCCUCGUGGCGGCUCUUUCGAGGCAAAAAACUCAACAUUCUACGCAAACGAACCGAUACUAUGGAAUACGAUUCGAUGCAGCUCUUGAUGGGGAGUAUGCUGUUUGUAGCAUCACUCUUUCUGUUGACCACCGUAUUGGUGUACUACACGUUCUUUACCAUUCUCAAUCUCGUGGUGCGAACAAUCACAACCGCAGUUCUGUGGACGAUCUACUCUGUCAUCAUAGAUUUUCCCUUUGGGACUUGCUUCCUGCGACUGCUGUACCCGGGAUCCUACACCGCACGAGUGCUCAUCCAAGAAGAAGAGGCAGCAGAUACUGAUUCCUCGCCGACGGGCAUUGUAAUCACAAGGCUCCAGGCGAUCCCCGAAUCACUGGGCUCUAUUCUGGCUUCGCAGACCAACUUGACGAGGCGGAUUCGAGCACUCAAGUCUUGGCUGGGCUCUGUGUUUUCCGAAAUCUUGUCCGGGAAACCCACUGCAAAGUCGUUUGUGGAGCACCUUCAAUCCACCGUUACGUGCAACCCAGGCAUCUAG